UCAGCAAAUCAAUUUCGCUGGUAAUCACGCGAGGACGUGUAACCUAACCUCUCUCUUUCCGUCAAGACCAGUCAGUGUCAGUUUCUACGGUGUUUUCUACGGAUUUGGGCGGAUUGCACCGACGGAGACAGCGAGAUUUAAAAUAUUAAGCGAGUCUGAACGCUAUAAAACAAUGCCGGAUCACUUGGGAGAAGAUAUGCGGAAAGUGAAAAAUGAGGAGGAAAAGGAAGAGAAGGAGAUCAAAUCACUGGAUGAGGGCGACAUCGCUUUGUUGAAAACUUACGGUCAAGGACAAUACACAAAGAGCAUCAAAGUUGUCGAGGAGGAUAUUCAAACGAUUAUCAAGCGCGUGAACGAGUUAACCGGCAUCAAAGAAUCGGACACUGGUCUGGCACCACCGGCACUUUGGGAUUUAGCGGCUGACAAACAGACUCUGCAGAACGAGCAACCGCUACAAGUGGCACGCUGUACCAAAAUCAUAAAUGCCGAUUCGGAUGAUCCAAAGUACAUAAUAAAUGUGAAGCAGUUUGCCAAGUUUGUAGUCGACUUGGCGGAUUCUGUUGCACCGACUGACAUAGAGGAAGGCAUGAGAGUAGGAGUGGAUCGUAACAAGUAUCAAAUUCAUAUUCCCCUGCCGUCCAAGAUCGAUCCUACUGUAACAAUGAUGCAAGUGGAAGAGAAACCUGAUGUUACUUACAGCGACGUUGGUGGCUGCAAGGAGCAAAUUGAGAAACUGCGAGAAGUCGUUGAAACGCCACUGUUACACCCAGAAAAGUUUGUCAACCUGGGUAUCGAGCCACCGAAAGGUGUUUUGCUGUUUGGCCCACCGGGCACAGGCAAGACUUUAUGCGCCCGAGCGGUAGCCAACAGGACAGACGCCUGUUUCAUACGUGUUAUUGGUUCGGAAUUGGUUCAAAAAUACGUUGGCGAGGGUGCCAGAAUGGUAAGAGAGUUAUUCGAGAUGGCGAGAAGCAAGAAGGCCUGCUUGAUCUUCUUCGACGAGAUCGACGCCAUCGGCGGUGCUCGCUUCGACGAUGGUGCCGGCGGUGACAACGAGGUACAACGUACCAUGUUGGAGUUGAUUAAUCAGUUAGACGGAUUCGAUCCAAGAGGCAAUAUAAAGGUUUUAAUGGCGACGAAUAGACCAGACACGUUGGACCCCGCGUUGAUGCGACCAGGCCGUUUGGAUAGAAAGAUAGAAUUCGGCCUACCGGAUCUUGAAGGGCGCACGCACAUAUUCAAGAUUCAUGCGCGCUCGAUGAGCGUCGAGAGGGACAUCAGGUUCGAGUUGCUCGCUCGUCUCUGUCCGAACAGUACCGGCGCCGAGAUCCGAUCCGUCUGUACCGAAGCCGGCAUGUUUGCGAUCCGCGCGCGACGCAAGGUAGCCACGGAGAAAGACUUCCUCGAGGCGGUCAACAAAGUCAUCAAAUCGUACGCCAAGUUCUCCGCAACGCCCAAAUACAUGACCUAUAAUUAGAUCCGUAUCCGCGAGCGACAAAUUAUUAGCGCUAGUCUUGAUUAUCAUUCUUUCUAUUAUCUGUACUCGUAUUAAUGAGAGAACGAUCUCGUUCUUACAAACAAAGUAAUAAACAUUGUUUUCCGAUA